AUGAAGAAUUUCGGAUCACAUUCAGGAUUAUACCUUUUAGCACCAGUCAUGUUGGUCGCUGCUGAUUUUGUUGCAUCCAAGUGUUCCUCCGGUGGAUCGAAAGCUGCUGGAACGAUGAGUAGCCAAAAGACUAACUCUGUAUUGAUGAACCAUGUAUAUGGUAAGAAGAUCUAUAACACCACUUUGAAGAAAAGUACCCAACAAUUGCUAAACAUGACCGGACCAAUGUCAUUGAUGGUUUUAUUCUAUCAUCUUAAUAAACAAUACAUGAAUAUUUCGCAGCUCAUUAUUGGGAACUACUUUCAGCCGGAUAGAGAUAUUGUUUUGAUUACAGGGGGUGGAUCAGGUCUUGGGAAAGAGAUUGUAUCCAGGUUUGUAGCUAGGAAUGCAAAAGUAGUUGUUUUGGAUGUGGUAGUUCCUGAAGAAUCGGAACAGAUUGCUAAUGUCCAUUAUUAUCAAUGUGACGUUAGUGAUCGAGAUCAAGUGAUAAAGUGCCAAAGACAAAUCGUACAAGAGAUUGGGAAGGUUACCAUUUUGAUUAAUAAUGCAGGAAUCACUACAGGAAAAUCACUAUUACAUUUGAGUUAUGAAGAAAUAGAACGCACUCUAAAAGUCAACUUACUAUCGAGUUUCUACACAAUCAAAAUCUUUCUUCCUGAUAUGUUGGAACUUCAUCGUGGAUACAUCAUAACCAUUGCUUCAGUACUAGGGUAUAUGUCUCCAUCAAGGUUGAGUGCAUAUGGGGCAUCCAAAUCCGGCUUGAUAGCUUUGCAUGAGUCCUUAACUUAUGAAUUGGGGCCUCCAUCGAUUAACCCUACUGGUGUUAAAACCUUAUUAAUAUGUCCAGGGCAGUUGAAAACCAGAAUGUUUCGUGGUGUCCAAACUCCCUCAUCCCUCUUGGCUCCAGAAUUAGACCCAAGCUAUGUGGCUAAAAAUGUUUUGAAAGCAGUAGAGUUAGGUCGAAGAGGAGAAAUCAAAUUACCUUUUUAUGGAAAUAUUUUACCCGUGUUUAGAGCAGUCCCUUGGCCAAUAGUGGAGGUGGCUAGAUAUUAUUCGGGCAUAGAUCAGAGCAUGAAGUCUUUCAAAGAUACUCUAAGCAAAGUUGUAAGCAAAACAAAUUCCAAGACUAACUCAACAAACCAUUCCCCAUCAGUUACUGAUUUCCAACCAUGCAACGUAUAA